AUGGCACCGGAGGCUGCUAGUCUUCCGGCCAUUGCUAGAAGGGCGUCCUCCAAACAAAAUCGCGUCAAUUUUGGUGGAGAUGAAGGACUCUCCCGAUUUAGUAUUGACAGUGUGAGUAUGGCGGAAGGCAGUGACAAUGGGAGUGCUCCAAACGACAGUGGACCCUCUCGCUCCGGUCCCUCCAAUCUGUUAGCGGCCUCUCAAGACACAUUUACCAAACAAGAAACCAAAGCCGUCAAUUCUGUCAAGACUGUUGUCUAUUUGAUAUUGUUCUUAUCAGCUGUGGGAUUCGCUGUUGGAACUUACUUUUUGGUGGAGCAAGAGCAAUCCCAAGCCUACAAAUCCGACUUUUAUUCAUUGACGGACAUGGUGGCCAUGGACAUUCAACUGAAAAUCAGAAAUGCGGUCACUCAAUUGCAAACGACCUCAUCUUCCAUCACUUCCCUUGUGACUAAAACCGAUUCCAUGGUCACACUUCCUCAAUUUGAUCGAAGAAUGCAAGAUUAUGGAAACACUACCGCCAUGGUCUUGUAUGCUCCUUUGAUUACUCAAAAUGAUAAGAUUCGUUGGGAAUCCUAUGCCAAAUCCAAUCAAGAUUGGAUUGAUAAAUCCCUGGAACAACGAGGAUGGACCGCUACCACUUCAGAGAUUCCCCCCACCAUUCAAUCACUAAACUCGACCUCCAUCUUUCAAGAUCGUUUUGCCCCCAUUUGGCAAAUGUCGCCCGUUCCUACAGAUCGCUCCAUCAUCAACAACGAUUUGCUGUCGCUCGCGGCGGUGGCCAGUUUGUUAAAACGACUCGAUGAGAGUGCUGCCACAAAAAAGGCGGAAAUGUCAGGUCUCGAAGAUGUCACGGCACUACUUGCCUUCUCGAAUGAGUUUGAUGCCUUGACCGAUGAGGCCGACCAAAGUCCUACCAGUCUUUUGGCAGUGCCAGUCUAUGAGGAUUUCACCUCUUCGACCAUUGUUGGUUAUGUGGUGGGUGUCUUUCAGUGGAAUACCAUGGUGACCUAUCCAUUGGAAGAUGCGGAAGGCCCCAUUAUGGUGGCCAUUAGCCAGAGCUGUGGACCCAGCUUUUCCUACAGGGUCGAUGCUUCCGGACCCUCCUUUUUGGGCACUGGAUCCAUGAGCCAUGACGCUGAUUUGGAAAAUGAGUACCCACUCUUUUCCUCGUGUGAUUACGCAGUCAAGGUGUCGUCUUCCGAGGCCUUCAAGGACUCCUAUCAAGACUCGGCUCCUCUCGUCUCGGCCUUUUUGGUAUUUAUCCUCUUUUUGUUCAUCAUGAGCGUCUUUUUCAUGUACGAUUGCAUUGUCCAACGUCGUCAAAAGAAACUCUUGAUGACGGCCCAACGUACCAACGCUGUGGUGUCGAGUCUCUUCCCCGAAGACGUUCAACGUCGUAUCAUGCAAGAAGCCGAAGCUAACGAAAAGAAGGAACAACGCAUGACGGUAACCAACAAGAUGAAGGAAUUUCUACAAGAUACCAAUGAACAGCCAAACAACUCCAAAAAGGCUACGGAACUCCGUGGAAAGCCAAUUGCCGAUUUCUUUCCCGAAGCGACCGUCAUGUUUGCCGAUCUCGUCGGUUUUACGGCCUGGUCCAGUAUGCGAGAACCGACUCAAGUGUUUACGCUCCUGGAAACCGUGUACAAUGCCUUUGAUGAAAUUGCUCGAAGACGACGCGUCUUCAAGGUCGAAACCGUUGGAGAUUGUUAUGUGGCCGUUUCCGGUUUGCCCGAUCCAUGUGUCGACCAUGCCUUGGUCAUGGCUCGGUUUGCCAGUGAUUGCCGAAUUCGAAUGAACGAUUUGGUCAAGGAACUAGAGGUUAGCUUGGGUCCUGAUACUACCGAACUCGCCAUGAGAUUUGGAUUGCAUUCGGGGCCAGUGACUGCUGGUGUGCUUCGUGGUGACAAGGCUCGUUUCCAAUUGUUUGGAGAUACCAUGAACACAACCUCGCGCAUCGAGUCUACUGGAAAACGCGACCGGAUUCAUAUUUCUCAAGAGACUGCAGAUUAUCUAAUCAAGGCUGGAAAGACUCACUGGCUCAAGCUUAGAGAAGACAAGGUGACUGCAAAAGGCAAGGGAGAACUCACUACCUACUGGCUCGCCAUCAACAAACUUCGUGGUGGUGGCAAGGACAUGGCCAACGGCAGUCAGUCUUCGGAAUGGUCCUUGGGCGACUCAGAUCAUCAUCAGGGUGCUGGCGCCGAAGCCACGAGCACCACGUCCGACGACGAAGACAAGCUCACCGAAAAGCACCGCCGUUUGGUCAACUGGAUUACCAACGAGAUGGCCGAAAUUUUGCGUCAACUCGAAGUGUCCCGUAUCGGAAGAGAAGAUUACAAGUCGUUGGUGGAUUUGGAACAACUCUCUGUCAUGAGAGAGGCUGGCAAGAAUCCACUCGACGAAGUUAUUGAAAUUAUUACAUUGCCCCGGUACAGUGCCCAAUCCAGAGCUACUUCGGACGAAUUGGAGCGAGAGAAUUACAUGUUGCCCAAAUUUGUUAUUGACGAACUACGAAGUUAUGUCUCCACCUUGGCUGGAAUGUACUUGGAGAAUCCAUUCCACAACUUUGAGCAUGCCAGUCACGUAACAAUGUCUGUGGUCAAGCUGAUGUCCCGUAUUGUUGCCCCCAAUAUCCAGAUUGAAGAUGAUGACAUUGAAGCUGCUCUUCACGACAAGACCUAUGGUAUCACUUCUGAUCCAUUGACUCAAUUCGCUGUCGUCCUUUCCGCCUUGGUUCACGAUGUUGAUCACCCUGGUGUGCCCAACUCACAGUUGACCAAGGAGGGAACUCGUCUGGCCGAACUCUACCGAGACAAGUCAGUUGCCGAACAAAACUCGGUCGACUUGGCCUGGACCCUGCUCAUGGAAGGAAACUUCAAGAAUCUACGAAAAACGAUCUACCAUACAGAAGAUGAAUUCAAGCGAUUCCGAGCUCUUCUCGUCAACACCGUUCUGGCUACAGAUAUUAUGGACAAGGAACUCGGUUCCUUGCGUAAGGCCCGAUGGAACAAGGCCUUUAACGAAGAGGUUGUGGAAGAUCAAAUAACAUCUGUCAAUCGCAAGGCUACCAUUGUUAUUGAGCAUAUUAUCCAAGCUUCCGAUAUUGCGCACACGAUGCAGCAUUGGCACAUUUACCGAAAAUGGAACAGUCGAUUGUUUGAAGAAAUGUACAAGGCUUACACUGAAGGACGCGCCGCGAAGAAUCCUGCCCAAACGUGGUACGAGGGCGAGAUUGGUUUCUUUGACUUUUACAUCAUUCCAUUGGCCAAGAAGUUGAAGGAUUGUGGUGUGUUUGGUGUUUCCAGUGACGAAUAUCUGAACUACGCCAUGCAAAACAGAAGAGAAUGGGAACUUCACGGGGAAAAGGUUGUUGCUGGUAUGGUCGAGUCCAUUCGUAUGAAGACAUCGUCAAAUUACCGCAAGCCUGCAUUGGCUGCCGAUGGCCAUGCCAAUGUGAAUAUUGACCAGCUCAAUUUGAGACAGAUUCCAACGGAGAUUUCUACAGUUCCAAUGACCGAGUUGCCACCAGCAUUGGAUGUUCUCUUUGCCGAUGGUUCGGACACGACUUGCUUUCAAUUUGCUCGUUCGGUUGCCAAGAUUGCUCCCAAGUGGAAUGUCAAGUUUGCCAACAGUGGAGCAAAGGCAGUCCAAAUUGCUACUCAACCCAACACCAAGUUCGAUCUUAUCUUUAUUGAUCAAUACUUUGUGAGUGAUGACAGUGAAGUCUUGGGAACGGACGCCGUCAUUGAAAUGCGCAACACUGGAAUUCGUGGACGAAUCUGUGGUAUGUCGGCCAACGAUCACGAAAACAUUUUCGACGAUGCGGGAGCCGACUCCUUCAUGUUCAAGCCUCUUCCACAGAAUCCAGAGGCACUGAAACAAGAUCUGCUGCGUAUCUUGAAUGGAGGUGACGAGGAUGAUAUGAUUUAA